AGAAUUAGCCAGGAUCCCGGGCUGGCGGCGGGCCGAGCGGUGGGGACGCCGGCCGGGCCGGGGGCUUGCAGAGCCAUGAAGGGGGCAGGGUCGGGCCCUCGCCGGCGGGCGCGAGUGUCCCGCCUCGUCUCCUUCAGCGCGACCCACCGCCUGCACAGCAAAUCUCUUAGUAAUGAAGAAAACUUGAAAUUAUUUGGGAAGUGCAACAACCCAAAUGGCCAUGGGCACAAUUAUAAAGUUGUGGUGACAGUACAUGGAGAGAUUGAUCCUGUUACAGGAAUGGUCAUGAAUUUGACGGACCUCAAGGAGUGUAUGGAGGAGGCGAUUAUGAAGCCCCUUGAUCAUAAGAAUCUGGAUCUAGAUGUGCCGUAUUUUGCAGACAUUGUAAGCACAACAGAAAAUGUAGCCGUAUAUAUCUGGGAAAACCUCCAGAAAUUUCUUCCUGUGGGAGUUCUUUAUAAAGUAAAAGUAUAUGAAACUGACAAUAAUAUUGUAGUCUAUAAAGGAGAAUAACUCUUAGAGAUUAAUUUCCAUCCAUAUUUGAAGAUCUUUAUCCCCUUGAACAAUUAAGAAGUCAUCACCUAACUGUUGCACUUCCACAUUGUGUUCUGGAAUCACUGUGAGUGAGUCCUGUUGUAGACUCAAAUCUAAUUUAAAACCAAGUUUGUAAUGUAUUCUCAGUAUCAUUUAAAGAGUUGUUCAUCUAUAGAUUAAAAUCACUUCAGCAAAAAAAAAAAAAA